UACCUUUCACGUGCCUCACUAGCUCCGCCCACAAGGUUGUGCAGCGUUAUGAAAGCAGAUCGGUGGGAAUGACAACGGAGUCACAGCAAAGAACCCCCUUAAAACCGAUUGGGGGAAUGAAUGAUGUUCUUCUUCUUCUUCAGAGGUCCGCUGCGAUGCUUCGCAUCACCACCACGUCUCUGUGCGCCUCCUGCCAGAAGAUGAGGCUGCUGCUGCCUCCCUCUGCCUCCCUCACCUCCCACAGCAAACGGGAGGAGAAUCAACGCACGGUUGACUCUCUGUACAAACUAUCGGUGGACAUCAGAAAGGUCCGCAAGCUUAAGGGUUGGGUUUUGUCUGAGAAGACCACCUACGUGGCUGAGACAGCCGGUCUGCUGAGGGACAUGGGCGCUGACACGGCGGUGAUCGCCCACAUCCUUGAGACCCACCCCGAGGCCGUCCUGUGCCGCCCAGAGGACGUGAAGGCCCAGCGGGACCUCUGGGAGUCCGUAUGUUCUGGCCAACGCGCCCUUCUGAGCAUCAUCGAAAAGUUCCCAGCUUCCUUUUUCACCGUAAGCCACCACAGCAACCAGCGGGCCAACAUCCUCUACCUCCAGAGCCUUCGCCUCAACAAGAAGAUCAUCAGCAAGCUGAUGGCCAGCGCGCCGCAGAGCUUCAGUCGACCUGUGGAGAGCAACCAGGAGGUGAUCCACACCCUCAGAGAGACCUACUUGGACCUGGGCGGGGAUGAGGGUAAUCUCCGGGUUUGGCUGCAGAAGCUCCUCAGCCAGAACCCGUACAUCCUCCUGCGUCCAGCGGAGACCUGGAGGGACAGUCUGGGCUUCCUGAGGGAGCGGGGCUUCACCACGGAGGAGCUGCUCAGCCUGGUGUCCAGCCUCAGAGCCUCCAUCUCCGAGCUGCAGCCUGAAGCCAUGCGGCAGGCGCUGGCCUACGUCCAGGACGCUCUCAGCUGCUCCGAGGACGAACUGAAGCGGGUUGUGAUCCGCUGCCCGGCCGUUUUGUACUACUCGCUGGCCACCUUGGCGGGCCGCUUCCAGGGGCUGAUGGACGCCGGGGCGAGCGUCGAGCAGGUGAAGGAAUCCCCAAACGUCCUGGAGCUCACCACGCAGAUAGUGCUGUAUCGCAUCCAGAAGCUAGCGUCCUAUGGGUACGACGUGCGCUCCGGCAGCUUGGACGUAAUCGUAGGAACCAAGAAGGACUUUGAGAUGAGCUACGCCAAGCUGAACCUCCGGCAGCAGAGGGCGCUCUUUAACCCUGUGGCUCCACUCAGGUGUUGACGUAGUACAGCACAUUACUUUGAAAAUCUUUCAAAUGUGGAUACAAGGCUUAAAAAUGUAUAUGCUCAACCCUCAGUGUAUGGUUCUCAUAUUUCUCAUUAGCCUCUUGAAUUUCAGGACAACAGACAUUUUUCAAAAUGGCCACCAUUUUUGAGCCAACUUUCGACUCGCUCAUCUAAUUCAUACAACUUUAAAGUAAUAACAGCAAAAUCAGAAACUGAGGACUUUACUGCUUGAAAAUCUCGCACCAGUUACAAACUGGAAGGAGAUAAAGAUGUCUGACCGUCUGUGUGUUUAGCGAUAAAGCAUUAGCAUCUGCUAAUUUUCUGUGUUUGACAGUUUAGCGUUAACAGAGCUAAGAUUAGCAAAUUAGUGGCUUGUGAGGCUAACUGUUUGGUUAGCUGUAACUGCUGCUGAUUUUAUUGCAAACAUGUAUUCUUUGUUAUAACUAUGGCGGCCAUUUUGAAAAGUGUCCACCAGAAAAUGGAAUCAAGACAAAAACCAUAUAUGAUUUCUGUGGUUCAAAAUAAAUAAAACACAUUCAUUUUGUGUGGAAAUAUUAAUUUUCCAUGGUGCCCAUCUUGAAAAAUUAAAGUUAUUAGCAAAUAUGAUUUAUAUGGGUCUAAUUAUGUACCACUUGAGACCAAAAGUAUUCAUCUGGGAUAAAUAUUGGCAGAUUUAAUG